AUGGCUGUCAUGAUUCGUUCAGCUUCUAAUGCAUUGAAAUGGCUGUAUCCAAGAAUUUCCUCCUUGCAAAUUGUCAGGAAUUAUGCCUUAUCUACAAAUGCUAAGCACUUGAUGUCAAAGCCAGUAGCAGAUGUGGAUCCAGAGAUGGCUGAUAUUUUGCAACAAGAAAAGAACAGGCAAAAAAACUCUAUUACUUUGAUUCCCUCUGAAAACUUUACGUCGAAAGCAGUGAUGGACUUAUUAGGAUCAGAGAUGCAGAAUAAAUACUCAGAAGGGUAUCCUGGAGAAAGAUACUACGGAGGUAAUGAAAUUAUCGACAAGGCUGAAUCUUUGUGUCAAAAGAGGGCCCUAGAGGCAUUCGGAUUAAAUCCUGAAGAUUGGGGGGUCAAUGUUCAGCCGUUAUCUGGUGCACCGGCCAAUUUAUAUGCCUACUCUGCGGUCUUGGAGGUCGGUGACAGAUUGAUGGGUUUAGAUUUACCUCAUGGUGGUCACUUGUCCCAUGGAUACCAAACUCCAACUACCAAGAUUUCUUACAUUUCGAAGUAUUUCCAAACAAUGCCCUAUAGAUUGGAUGAGACUACAGGUUUGAUUGAUUAUGAUGCUCUCGAAAAGUCGGCUCAGUUAUUCAGACCAAAAGUCAUUGUGACAGGUGCUUCCGCUUACUCAAGAGUAAUCGAUUACAAAAGAAUGAGAGAGAUUGCGGACAAGGUGGGUGCUUACUUAUUAGCGGAUAUGGCUCAUAUUUCUGGAUUGGUUGCAGCUGGUGUUACCGAGUCUCCAUUUCCUUAUUCCGAUAUAGUCACAACAACAACGCAUAAAUCCUUGAGGGGUCCCAGAGGUGCUAUGAUUUUUUACAGAAAAGGUAUUAGAAAGGUCACUAAAAAGGGAAAGGAGAUUCCUUAUGAGUUGGAAAGAAAGAUUAAUUUUUCAGUUUUCCCAGCGCACCAAGGUGGCCCUCAUAAUCACACCAUCUCUGCUCUAGCUGUUGCUUUGAAACAAGCAACUUAUCCCGAAUAUAAGGACUAUCAGCAAAAAGUAGUGUCUAAUGCGCAAGCAUUUGCUAAUGAGUUGAGAUCUAGAGGUUUUGACUUGGUCUCAGGUGGAACUGAUACUCAUUUAAUAUUGAUUGAUUUGAGAUCGAAAAAAAUUGAUGGUGCAAGAGUUGAGGCUGUUUUAGAGCGUGCUCAUAUAGCUGCCAAUAAGAAUACUGUUCCAGGUGACAAGUCUGCCCUUUUCCCAUCUGGUCUUAGAGUUGGUACCCCUGCGAUGACCACUAGAGGUUUCGGCCCUGAAGAGUUUGCUCGCGUCGCAGAUUACUUUGACAAAGCAGUCAAUAUCAGUAUUGAAUUGAAAUCCAAGGAGCAAGGAAAGACACCAAAGGAAUUAUUAGCAUCUUUCAAGAGAUUGGCUGACGAAAGUGCUGCUGUUAAGGAAUUGGGAACAGAAGUGUCAGAUUGGGUGUCUACUUACCCAGUACCUGGUGACCUCUAA